AUGGCAGCGAAUAGAGGAGCGACCCUCUUUGUCCUGCUGCUGUACUGCUGUCACAGAGCUGAGCAGCCGGUUAACACGUCUUCAGGGAUAGUCGCAGUGGAUCGUGUGGCAGAUGAAAUUCUAGUCCAAGAGAUAUUGAAUCCAAAUAAAUCAUCCAGGUCAGGAACAACCAAGACAGCAUCAACAUCAUCACCAGCAAUGCUCAAGGGAAAAAAAACCGUCAUUGAUGAGAAUGCGGAAGAUUAUGCUGAACCACCAAAUAAUGCACACUCCUCUCCUAACAAUGAGGACCAAAGGUUCAAUAAUGAAUCCAGUGGUAAUAAUAGUUACCAAGUCGGUGGUUCUGUGGAUCAUGGCAAAAAGAACUCAAAAAAUGAUCCUGAUGAAAGUAUAUCAGUUCUGGACAAAAUCCUCCAAAAAAUUGGAAAAUUUUCAGGAAAUCUUUCCAGUAAAUUGAAGAGGACAAGCAAAGCUCAAAGAGCAGAGAGUGGUCAGCGUGGCCAUCAGCUCCGAGAGAUCUCCGUGAAGAACGAAAUCCUGACUGAAUGA